AUGUUGCCUCAGGAAGAAAAGAACAAAAAGCAUGUCAAUGGUUUGGCACAAGGACCAGUAAUCAUGUACCUCGACUCCCUGCUGCUGCCAACCGACACAAAAGAAAUGCGGAAGAUCGCAAAUACAAUGGACAAGACCUCAUUACCGCAAGCAAACCAUCUCAAAGUGAGUGACCUAGCGAAAAUAGCUAGAGCAGACAUGAAAAGGGACGGAAAAGCACGACCAGGUGACUAUGAAUUUGGCAAGAUACAGACAUGGAAAGGAACAGCAGAGAGGAUCUUCUAUGCCAGCACAGCAUCAACUUCGUCUUCAAUUCACCAGAUAGCAAGAGAACAUCGUAAACAACAGCAACACCAACACACGACCAAACUGCUACCACCUCCACCCAAAUGCUGGCGCGAACCACGUGUCGGCACCAGUGGAAGCAGGGAACCAAACAAAAGCAUCAGCACAGGACUAGAAGAAAGAUUCCAAAGGAUAAAGAAAUUGUUGGAAAAAGUGCUCCAUGAAGCAGAACAGUUACCCGCAGACAUAGUUUGCACAAGGUACCUGACAGACAACGCGGCCCUGCAGACACUAGAGCAAGCAGAUCCAGCAGCCUCAAGUAGACUAGCCGAUGCCAACCGCACAAAUGAAAUCAUAGCCACAAAAGAACCAAGAGAAAGGAGAAAAAUAAAGAAAGAAGAAGAAGACGAAGAGAGGAAGAGAAGAACAAAAUCAAAGGACAUGGGCAUUGACAAGAAGAAGAUAAAGCAGCAAAAACAGGAACGUACCAAUAGCACGCUAGGUCAAGAUGAACUCCAACAGCAGGAUGGUGUCAACAACCCCAAAAAUAAGAAUGAACGCAACAAACAAAGCAACCUCACAAUAGACAAUGCUACAACAACAACUACCCCAACACAAGCACAAGAUACGAUCGACGUCAGAACUAGUGAAGAGGCUCAGCUGGAGAACAAUCAAGUCAGCAGUCCCGCCAACCAAAUGCAAGAGGCUGACCCACAAUCAACCAUUAGCAUAACAAACGACAAAGAAGAAGAAAACAACAAAGAGGAGGUAUCACAAGCACUGCAAGACCAAGAGACAACCCGUGUUGAAAUUGAACCCCAUAGUGAACCUCAAACAGACGAAGGCGUCACAGAACAGGAAGUUUGUGUACAAGAGAUUUCCAGUGCCACAACAUUGCAGAUCACCAUCACGAGUAUAAAGGAGAAAUCCCAAGACAUCCCAGCCGAUGAGAAACUAGAGACUGUUAUACCUGACAAAGAAACAGUCGAUGCAGGCAUGAAUAGCCCAGUCAUCAACACAGAGGAAACAAACGAGUACGUUGAUCUCAAAGAUCAAGAAGCAGCACAACCAAAGGAAACUGGAAAACACACAGAACUUCAAACAACAACAUCUGAAGAGGAAGAGGAAGCAAGCGAAAGCACUGGCAUAGACAUUGAACAAGAAAAACAAGAGGACAACACGAGACAAGGAGAAACCAUAGUUCCAGCAGUAGACAGUCCUGCAACUCCAGAGAAAGAGGCACAAGAAGCUCAAGAGAGCACCAACAAUCAAGACCAUCAAACACAACCAGAGGAGCCCAAUGAACAACCUGAACAUGUUCUUCAAACGCUAGACAAUAAUGCCACUGAAGACCAAGCUCGAGGUGUUUGCGUGUUUGGGUGUUUGCGUUGA